AUGACGCAGAUGGUCACAAAGGCCAAGGGAGUCAAGAAGACUUUCCGGACCGAAGACUUCCUGUUUUCCACUAUCCUGUUUUUGCUGACGGGCAGGCUGUCAUGGUCUCAUGGAGCAGUCCCCAAUAUCAACGACCUCCCCAACAACCGGGCUAACGGCUUCCAAAGCAGCGAGCAUACAAUCAUUAGUCUCGAUCAUGCGCCGAAGUUGUGCACCCAGAUUCAAAUGCACGCUGAUUAA